GCCGCCCCCGCUCGAGAACCCGAGAGAGCCCCCCACACGCGCUCGCCGCCCCCCGCCGCCGCGCCGCCACCCGGAGAAGACAGAAGACCGCGGGCGCCGCGCGGGGAUGGAGCUCUUCCCGGACGGGACCCACGUGCGGCUCCGCAGCCGCGUGCACGGCACGUACCUCCACGCCGACGAGGACGGGUCGGGGGUCUCCCUGCGCCCGCGCGGCGGCGGCGGGGCGGUCCCGAGCGCCGCCGGGGUGUGGCGGGUGCACCGGGUCCUGCGCGACGGCAUCCAGUACGUCCUCCUCCACGGCGCCGCCUACGGCCUCUACCUCGCGCUCUCGACCGACGAAGCCGCCCCGCCCCCGAAGGGCUGCGCCGGCAGCCGCGUCGUCCAGCGCGGAUUCGACCACCCGGAGCUGGACGCCGUCAUGUGGAGGCCCGUCCCCGUGGCCGACGGCGGCGGCUACGUCCUCCUGCGCCACGUCUACAACGGCAACCUCCGCGCCAACGGCAGGUUCCGCUUCUGGAACAACUCCGGCGUCAGCCUCGACUACUACUUCGGCACCCGGAGCACGAUGAGGCAUUGGAGGGUCGAGCUCGUCCCGCCCAGGCCUCAGGGAGCGCCAGACCUCCCGCACCCAUCACGGAAACAAGGAGGCCGCACUGGCUUCCUGUUCCUGCAGCACGCUAAGCCUGAGGCAGAUAGGCGGCGGGUAAUCAAGCACCUGCGUUCGGACGAGCCGCUGAACUUCGGCCAAGAUGGUGUGCGCUUCUUUUCUUUCUACGGCCGCUCCGUGUACAACCUGAGGACCCAGAUGGGGAUCCGUGCGAACCAAGGGGACGUCUUCGGCACCAUAAUGUGCGUGCAGGCCGGCUUGUAUGGGCGGCUGACCCCUCUGGUCAACGACCUGCCUCACAGCGACGAGCUCAUGAACAUUGUCAUGUUCACCGCCGGGGCACCAGAUGCUGAGGCGUUAGUGUACCCAGAUGUUGACGCAGAAGAACCAUAGAGGAAUACGGGAGCAGAACUUCUGACAACAACUUCACAAUUCAUCCCUUCAGAAAUCAGAAGUCUGAAUACUUCGGCUACAGUGACUUGAGAAUCAGCUUGUCUUCUUUUUGUUCAGAUGGCUUCAGAAAACUCAGCAACUCUACUGUUUCUAUUAGUUAGGUUCUACUCGUUCCGCUGGCCCGAUGGGUUUGAAUUGGCCUUUCAGUUUCAUUCAGAACUUUCCAAACUGGUGAAGGCGUUACGUGGAAGUAGUAAUGGUGAACGAUUUUGCGAAGUAACGUUGGUUUUAGUUACCAUAUUCAUCUCUGUUGGGUUACUACAAGAAUGGCUGUUGCUGGUUUUGCUUGUACCUUGCUUCUGAUACAUGGAAAAAAUAGAGUCGAUGGACGCCUGUUGAAUUUAGCUUUCAGUUCAAGUCA